GCUGGAAACAGGCUCCCUGAGAUAAGAGGACAGGUGAAUCUAUUGCUUGCCGGCAGGGGCGUGUUCGGCGAUGCCCACGCCUUCCAGAGAGAGGGGCCUGCGUCCCGGACACCAUCACUAUGAUUCCUACACACCUCUGAGUCAGCUCCUGCCUGGCCCCGUGGAGACGCCAACCAUCAAGGGCCUUUACUACCGCAGGGUCCGGAAAGUGGGUGCCCUGGACGCCUCCCCAGCGGCGGACCUGAGGAAGGAGAUCCUGGUGAACGUCGGGGGCAGGAGGUAUCGCCUUCCCUGGAGCACGCUGGACGAGUUCCCGCUGAGCCGCCUGAGCAAGCUCAGGCUCUGCCGCAGCUCCGAGGAGAUCACGCAGCUCUGCGAUGAUUACGAUGAGGACAACCAGGAGUUCUUCUUCGACAGGAGCCCCAGUGCCUUUGGCGUGAUCGUGAGCUUCCUGGCGGCUGGGAAGCUGGUGCUCCUGCAGGAGAUGUGUGCGCUGUCCUUCCGGGAGGAGCUGACCUACUGGGGCAUCGAGGAAACCAACCUGGAGAAGUGCUGCCUGCGGAGGCUGCUGGGGAGGCUGGAGGAGCUGGCGGAGCUGCGCAGGGCCGAGGCGCUGCAGCCGCCUGGGGAGGCCUGCAGCCCCGCCGCCCAGGCCUCGCGCUGGGGCCUGUGCAUGCACCGGCUGCGUGAGAUGGUGGAAAACCCGCAGUCCGGGCUGCCUGGGAAGGUCUUUGCUUGCCUCUCCAUCCUCUUCGUGGCCACCACGGCCAUCAGCCUGUGCGUCAGCACCAUGCCGGACCUCCGGGCCGAGGAGGACAAGGGGGAAUGCUCUCAAAAGUGCUACUAUAUUUUCAUCGUGGAGACUGUCUGCGUGGCCUGGUUCUCCCUGGAGUUCUGCCUACGCUUUGUCCAGGCCCAGAACAAGUGCCAGUUCUUCCAGGGGCCCCUGAACAUCAUCGACAUCCUGGCCAUUUCCCCAUACUACGUGUCACUCGUGGUGUCUGAACCCCCAGAGGAUGGUGAGAGGCCCAGCGGCAGCUCCUACCUGGAGAAGGUGGGGCUGGUGCUGCGUGUGCUGCGCGCGCUGCGCAUCCUCUACGUGAUGCGCCUGGCCCGCCACUCGCUGGGGCUGCAGACGCUGGGGCUCACUGUGCGCCGCUGUGCACGGGAGUUCGGCCUCCUCCUCCUCUUCCUGGGCGUGGCCGUCACCCUCUUCUCCCCUUUGGUCUACGUGGCAGAGAACGAGUCUGGGAGGGUCCUGGAGUUCACCAGCAUCCCUGCCUCUUAUUGGUGGGCCAUCAUCUCCAUGACGACGGUGGGCUACGGGGACAUGGUCCCGCGCAGCGUGCCAGGCCAGAUGGUGGCCCUCAGCAGCAUCCUCAGCGGCAUCCUCAUCAUGGCCUUCCCGGCCACGUCCAUCUUCCACACCUUCUCCCACUCCUACCUGGAGCUCAAGAAAGAGCAAGAACAGCUCCAGGCCCGCCUCCGGCGCCUCCAGAACACGACCACCGCCAGUGACGGAGAGCUCCUGGGCGCCACCACAGCCAGUGAACACGAACUCAUGAAGGAUGUCGACGACCUGACCCUGGAGAGCCCCGCUUCGCCCGUCCUGCGCAUUUAA